GCCUACUUUGGAUAUCGAUUGUAGAAAAACAACUAUAAAAGUUUGAUUGAACAUUGAACUACAAAUUUCCACUUUAAUUUUGGUACAAAAAGUGAUCCUCAUUUUCGGUUGUAAUUUUAUUAUCUAGCCAUUGAUUAUAAACAGUUGUAGAAUUAAUGACCUAGCCUUAUUUGAUCAAAGGUGAAGGGCGACAUUAUACUGUAUAUAGGUACAUCAGCAGCAACAGUAAAAGAACCAUUCUAAAUAUUUUGAGCUACACUGUAUUUAUUUUUCUAACCUAUAAUUUAAACCUAAUUAGUCAGUAUUAGCUUAUUUUAUUUUACACGAAUUAUACAUAAAAUGAACAAACCAAUUCAUAAAUUCUACUCAGAUGCCGAAGAGUAUUGGUCGAAGAUACCGCCGACAAUUGAUGGAAUGUUAGGGGGAUUUGGACACAUAUCUCAAGUCGAUGUGCAAACUUCCAAAAUAUUUUUACAACAGUUAUUUAAAAGUAAAGAUCCGCCGGGCCGUACUUACGCUGCAGAUUGUGGAGCCGGCAUCGGACGUAUCAGCAAACAUUUGCUCCUAAAUAUAUUUGAUAAAGUAGAUUUAAUUGAACAAAAUGAGAUAUUUUUGGAUAGAGCGCGGGAUUACCUAGGACCUAAGCUAAUUAGUAAAGUGGGCAGCUUUGUUCCGGUGGCCUUACAAAAUUUUAAAGCAGAAAGUAAUAAAUAUGACAUUAUUUGGAUUCAGUGGGUUUUAGGUCAUUUAACCGAUGCACAUUGUAUACAAUUUUUCCAUAAUUGCAUAAACAGCCUAAAACCAAAUGGCAUGAUAGUCGUUAAAGAAAAUAUAACAUCUGGACAAUUGGAGGUGGAUGAAAAAGAUUCCUCGGUUACAAGACCUAUACAUGAGCUAAAAUGUUUAUUCAAAGAAUCUGGAUUAGACUGUUACCGCCAAAUGAAACAAAGCAGCUUUCCAAAGGAACUGUACAAUGUCUACAUGUUUGCACUAAAACCUAAAAGCAACUUAGAAAUUAAUACAGAUUUACCUGCUACUAAUGUAAAUUUAGUUGCAGUCAGUUAAAUUGUCGAGGAAUUAUUUGAAAAUCUAGUCUUUUUUUAUAAAUCCUUGUGUUGAUCGGAGAGAUACUAUUUUUGUAUUUCACUAUAUAUCAAAUGAUGUUAAAACUAUACUUGCUGCUCAUUUCUAAUGUCCCUUCAGGCAGAACAGAUUUAUUAAAUAAAACACAUUUCAAAAAUU